AUGCAUCUCGUUCCAGUUCCGAAAGACCCGUUCAACCAAUCAGUAACCAUGGCCACUACAAUGGCAUCUGCGUUUACUCAGCAGACGGCCUACGCCCAGCCGUUCCCAUACACCAAAACGCAGGCGAAGAACAUCUCCCCAAACAGUACAUCGCCAACCUCACCUCAUAGCGCGAGUACUGUGAUGACAACUCCUCCUCAAACUUCUCCCACAACUCCAAACCCUUACCUCCCUCUCGCCCCACGACAACUUCAUCCUCCAAAAUGCCCCAUGUACAGACCUGCCGCGCUUCGUACUACCGAGCGUGCAACUCUGGUUGCUAGUGGCAAAACCGAGCUGUCAGAUCCUCCGACACCAGUUGUUGGGACCCCUAUGAGGUCGCCUAGGCCGGCCUUCCAAGAGUCAGCGGAGAUGGAGCCAACAGUUGGCAGCACGGAUGAAGUCACGGGCCCACCCUCAAAGGCGAACUGGAAGCCGGACGCCGAAGCUACUGUCUGUGAUGCUGCGAUCUGUAACAAGACAUUUUCUCUAUUCGACCGUCGACACCACUGUCGCCGUUGUGGGAACAUUUUUUGUGCGCAGCACACUUCCCAGUCACUUAAAUUGGAUCAAAAUUGCCGAUAUAAUGCCAAAGGCAUCGACUCGAGAGUUUGCAUAGGAUGCUUCGACGAGUACAAGAGGCUUUGCGCGAAGAGCCGCUCCUCAUCUACGAGUAGUUCCAAUUCAUCGGCCACAAACAUCUCUACACCACAACCGGCCAAGCAAAUGAUGACAGCUCGAUAUGCGAAUGACGGUACUCUACGUGGUAGAUUGAACAGCUAUGUCGGCAGCUACCGUGACAAUUGGUCUUGGAGCACCUUCUAG